CUAAACGAGUCACACCGCAUACAGUCGCCUCUAUCUGCCCUGUGUAGGGGACAACAGUCUCUCUGGUUAGAAUAAAUUAAACGAGAUUAGAACUACCCACAGCAACUUUUUCAGCCGGGACCGAGGAACCGUUUCCUGCGAAAUGAAAUCGCUACUAAUCUCGACGGUCACGGUCCUGCUCGGAUCAACUUUGUUCAGUGGGUUUGCGACUGCGGCCGCCAUCGUCGUACUGGUAGCGAACGGAAGUGAUAUCACAAUCAAUUUAUCCGCCGAGUACAGCCACAACCGGUUGCUGAACGUGGUAAGCGAUUCCGGAAACAAUAAUCCAUCGGUGUUCGAUUGGAUCGGAGGCAAUGGGGCGAACAAGGCGCCGCGGCUUUCCAUCGGAGGUGGCAAUCAGGGAAGCCAUGGUGCGACGAGAGGUGCUGCUGCAGCCGUGAUUGAUGCACUGUGGAAGAGGGAAAGUUCCACCGUUUCCGGUAAUGAUCUUGAUGAGUACGACGAUAGUGGGGAAACUAAGGUGCCCAGUAGUACGGAAGGAGUGAGAGCGACAAGAGCGCCUAGUACGAGUAGCUUGUCCUUGUCGAGUGGCACAACGAGGACAACGUUGAACACUUGGUACGGAAAAUACGUGACUGCUGCAAUGGAAAAUUCUGGUUGAUAAUUAAAUCGAAA